GUAUCCAAACCCAUAGAAAAUGUCGACUGCUGAAUUAAUAAUCCAUUACAAGUUUUGUGUGUAUCCAAAAUGUGAACUGACAUGAGAAUAAAAAAACAUUGAAGAUUCUGCCCAGAAAGGAAAAGACAAGAUCAGCAAGUAGUUUUUUUUUCUUCCACCAAUUAGGUAAUCAGCCUUAAAUCAUAAAUAAUAUUUUUGCUCACGAAACGCAAUGCUAUUCCCACGAUCUUCUGCAACAUGGCCGCCGCCGACGACGACGAAGGCCACCAGCCCAAAGGAACGCCGCCACUGCUUAUUCUCCACCACCUCCCGAAUUUCAAGCUACCGAUUUUCCCUCUCCUCCGCGCCAGAUACACCGUCCUCGACCCGAGCGACGAACCACCCGACCCGUCAUUCCCGACCCUCUCGAAGGCCGCGCGCCUCAUGCUGUGCGCGGGGCCCACGCCCGUCACGGCCGACGACCUCGACAGGUACCCCGCCCUCGAGUGCGUGAUCGGCUCCAGCGCCGGCGUCAACCACUUUGACCUCGCCGCAUGCCGCCGUCGCGGCGUCCGCCUCACCACUGCCGGAGAUUCCUUCUCCGACGAUGUGGCGGAUUACGCCGUCGGGCUCGCGAUUGAUGUACUGCGACGGGUCUCCGCUGCUGAUCGGUUUGUACGGGCCGGGUCUUGGCCCGUUAGGAAAGAGUAUGGUCUGGGUGCAAAGGUGAGUGGAAAACGAGUUGGGAUAGUGGGACUAGGAAGCAUCGGGUCAAGAGUGGCGAAGAGGUUUGAGGCAUUUGGGUGCAGCAUCGCCUACACCUCAACAAAGAUGAAGCCAAAUGUUUCCUAUUCUUACUACGCCGAUGUUGCUCACCUCGCAUCCAACGCCGAUAUUUUGAUCGUCUGCAGCGCCCUCACAGACGAGACACGCCACUUGAUCAAUAAGGACGUUAUGAGUGCGUUGGGAAAGUCGGGCAUAAUCGUGAACGUAGGGCGUGGGGCGCUGGUUGAUGAGAAGUGCUUGGUUGAGAUGGUGGUGAGAGGUGAGAUCGGUGGUGCUGGUUUGGAUGUGUUCGAGAAGGAGCCUCAUGUUCCACAAGAGCUGUUUGCGUUGGAUAAUGUUGUGUUGUCUCCGCAUCAUGCUGUUUUGACUCCGGACUCCUUGGGAGCGCUUGAGGAUCUCAUGUUGGCCAACAUUCAAGCUUUCUUCUCCAACCGCCCUUUACGGGCAGAGCUGCACCUACCUCCACCUUAAUGAGGUGGAGAGCUCCAACUCGGAGAACAACAACGUUAACACCGGCGGCAGGAUGUCGAACCUGAGCCGCUACGAGGACCUGAAGCAGCGUGACUCGAACACGUUCGGGCAGUACCUGAAGAACCACCGGGCUCCGGUGUCGCUGGAGAAGAAGCGGAAAAAGGAAGCCCUUGCUCCGUUACCUUCGAAGUGGAACCUGAGGAGGCCGCCGAAGAAGAGCUGGUGAGUCCAAAAACGGGAAAGCUCCAAGCCUCCAACUCCAAGAAAGAAACGAAAGCAAGCCAUAAUCACAACAAUUAGUCGUGCCCAAAUCUGUGGAUAUGGAGACCUUGGAGCGGCUAGGAUUGGCGGUCCAAGUAAAAGAGAAAUUUGAAGCAAUUGGAUGGGAAAAGUUCCUAGAGUGGAAGGGAGAAUUUUACAAGGAAAUGAGUGUGGAUGAAGGCCCGGUGGUGCUAGAAUUCAAAUUGAUGGGCAAACGAUAUGCCCUCUCUAUCAAUGAGCUCAACAUGGCUCUAGGCAUGAUGAACUCCAAAGGCGUUAUGACCAUGGAGUACAAGACUGCGGGCACGGUGGUGCCCGAAUUUGCCCAGGCAAAGUGGGAAACGAUCUGGCAAGAGCUGGCAAUGGGGGGAGAGUUCAAGGCAUGCUCAUCCAAGGGCACAUCGCUCAAGACUCCGGCACUUGGAAUCUGCCCUAAGUUACCCUGACACGGGUACGGGUAUCGGACUCGGGUGCGGAUCCGAGAGUCCGAUACUUAAAUUUUGAAAAUUUUAGAUACGGGAACACCGUCUUAACUUUGGACACGGGUACGGGGAUACGGUAAAUAGAAAUAUAUAUAUUAUAAAUUAUAAAGUGUAUUCAUAAUUUAAAAGUCCAAAAACCAUCAAGUUAUUACGGGAAUAUUGCGGCUGUUAGUAUGUGGCUGUUACUACAUAGCAGCUAUUACUUUAAUUAAGUUAGUGAAGUCAAACAGUCAAAAGUUGCGGCUAUAAAUGCAAAUUGUGGUUGUUAAAAAACUGCAAGAAACCUAAUGCCAAAAAUCUCGUGUCCGAAAUGCAAGUUACGAGUCGGACAAGGAUCCAGUGUCCUAGUAAGUGUCGUGUCGUGUCGUGUCGACACAGACACCUUUGCCCAAAGUGUCGUGUCCGAGUAUUGCAGAUUAUCUGCCAUAGGAUUCUGUCCUUGAACCUUUUUGGGAAGAAAGACAACAGUAAUACUAAUUCCCAACAAGAGCUUUAUAUCCUGUGGUGCAUGGAGCAUAAGAAGAAGCUAAACUUUGGGGUCUUCGCUGCAAUGCAUCAUCAACAAAGCACAACAGCGACUCUCCCUCGCCCAUUUGCCCACAGUCUUUGCCCAGAAUGAGUGAAGGAGUGGGCUACCCUUCUGUCCCUGAGAAGAGCUUCGACAUGAUCUGCCUUCAGAAUGAGGAUGGCAGAGACUGUAGAGAAGCCGUUGUCCCAACCAUCCAGGGCAGGAUCAACUCAACCCGAACCACUAUACCAGGAUCCCUUGAUGCAGACAGGACUUUGACCCGAAUCAUGGAAAUCGUGACAGAAAUACGUGAUGCCCCAAUUGCCUACUUUGCCCACAUCGGGUUCAAGUACCCACCUGGAUCCUCUUAAUUAUCCUCUCUUUUGUUUAACUUAGUUUGUGUUUUAUUUUGGUCUAGUCUGUUAGACUUUCCCUGUUUUGUCCAAGGCACAGUAGUGAAUGAGGAAAGCUCGUUCGUUUCCCUUUUUAUUUUUUCCUUGUACAUUGUGUA